AUGGCGGAGGAACGGAAGCAGGAAUUUGGCUACGAGCAGACUUUGAUGUAUGGCCGCUACACCCAGGACCUGGGGGAGUACGCCAAACACGAGGCCGUCAGGAUCAAAAGGCUACAAGAACACAGGCGGAAAGCAGAGGAGAGGCUACAGGCACCCAAAGGCUUCUAUAUUUAUACUGAUAAUAUAUGCUUCCACAAAUGUAGAGGUUUUUGUCUGUGGUUCCGAAGCACUGUUAUCCAGAGACUUGGAGAAGACUGGGUUUUCUUGGCAUUACUGGGGGUUGUCAUGGCGAUACUGAGCUUUGCCAUGGACUGGGUCAUAGAAAGGUGCCAACAUGCUCACAUCUGGUUGUAUAAAGAACUUGGGGAGUAUCCGCCCUUACAGUUCUUUGCCUGGGUUCUGUACCCCAUAGCGUUUAUCCUCUUCUCCACAGGGUUUGUACAUAUUGUUGCUCCCAAUGCAAUAGGUUCAGGGAUUCCAGAAAUGAAAACUAUUCUUCGCGGGGUUGUGCUAAAAGAAUACUUGACACUGAAGACUUUGGUGUCGAAAGUGGUUGGCUUGUGUUCCUCACUGGGCAGUAGACUUCCCAUAGGGAAAGAGGGCCCCUUUGUCCAUGUAGCCAGUAUUGUGGCCACUUUGUUAUCCAAGUUAAUGGCCUUCAGAGGGAUUUAUGAUAAUGAAUCCCGUAACUAUGAGAUGCUGGCUGCUGCCUGUGCUGUGGGAGUGGCAUGUACUUUUGCUGCUCCUAUUGGAGGAGUGUUAUUUAGUAUAGAAGUCACAUCAGUAUAUUUUGCUGUCAGGAACUACUGGAGAGGAUUCUUCUCUGCUGUGUGUGGGGCUGCAGUAUUCCGCUUACUGGCAAUAUGGGUGCAGGAAGAAGAAACCAUCACUGCCCUGUUUAAGACUAGUCUAAGACAAGAGUUUCCAUUUGAUGCUGUGGAGCUGUUGGCAUUUGGUACCAUAGGAUUGGUGUGUGGGUUUGGCGGUGCUCUGUUCAUUUAUUUCCACAGGAAAAUUAUCCACUUUAUACGAAAACAGAGGAAAUUGUCCUCCUUUCUCCAGAAGAAUCGAUUCAUCUAUCCAACUGUGAUAACAUUUUUGAUAUCCACUCUAUCCUUUCCCUUGGGGCUGGGGCAGUAUACAGCUGGAAUGUUAACUCACCGAGAAGCUGUGAAUGAGUUGUUCAGUAACUUCACAUGGUCCACGGGGAAAGCAGAGAACUUAGAUCUGGACCAACUAGAGGUCCUCAGUCACUGGAAUCACCCGGACACCAGCGUCUAUGUCACACUGACUUUGUUUAUUAUUAUACAGGUUCAGUUCAGUAAGUGUGAUAUCAUCCCCACCAAGUCCAGCACUUACAAUGUGUUUGUGGAGGACUUCAUGAUCCGUGACAUCAGGUUUAUCAGCUAUAUCGCCACAUACCAGGAUGUGAAGAAUCUAUUGGAGACAUCCAAGUUAAGGACAUUCCCAUUGGUGGAUGCCCCAGAGUCCAUGAUUCUCCUUGGGUCUGUACAGAGACUGGAGCUGGAACUGUUACUGGAGGCUCAGCUUGGACGACAGCGCCGCCUGGCAGCAGUAGAAGAGGCAUUACAUAAACAGCAACAGGAAGAGGAGGAGAGGAAGAGAGCCAAGGAACAGCUGGAGAAGAGGACAUCCCAAGGCGAUACCGAGGGGACGCGACCAAUGGCAGCCUGCAGUGGAGAUAUGUUGAAUGCCGUGAAGGUCCACCGCCAGCCGUCUGCCAGGUUUACGGUGACCCCUGCAGCCAGCAAGGUGGACAGUGGUGGACAGGUCCAGUUGAAGCUAGACUCCACGCCACCAGAACAAACAGCUAAUGGAGACACGCUGAAACCACACAAGUACACCAAGGCACCACAGAGAGGGAUAUUAAAGAAGAGUCCCCGUCCCAGCCCCCGGGCUAGUCCCAGGGCCAGUCCUAAAGGAAGUCCUCAGUCUUCACCUCGCUCUAGUCCACCAGGGUCUGCCAAGACAAGCCCAACACCCAGUCCACAGUUAGAAAAGAAAUUCAGCAUUGGGCUGGCAAAGAUUUUCAAAUCUCGAAGUAAAGAAAGUAUCGCGGACAGUAUGGCUUCUGAAGAUGAUGAAGCUCAGAGGUCUCUUCUAGACGAUUUCCCCAAGCAAUAUACUGACUCUGUGCGAAGUGGCAAAAGUGUUCAAUUUAAUGUCUUGGACUUACAAGAGGUAAGUUUAAUGUCAUAGGUUUACUAGAGAAAAUGUUAAAGUGAUGAACGUGCAGGUGAGUCCUGAACCAUGCUUUCAUAAACAAAAUAAACAGAGGCUGGCAGAUCUGCUGCACUGUGGAAAUUAUACUUUUGAAAUACUGCCACUACCCAUGUCAGUAAUUAUCAGUGAUGUUUUUAAAAGUAAUAAAUAUUGUUAUGUGUCAGUUACUGCAUCCCAGAGCUAAUAAUAUGAUAUCAUGGAGGAUAAAGGGGUCCAGUCAGGGUCAGGGGGAGAUCAGAGGUGAAGUGAAGGUCAGGGCAAGGUCAGAGGUGAAGUAAAGGUCAGGGAGAGGUCAGAGGUAAAGGUCAAGAAAUUGUCAUUUGUCCAUCACAAGAUCAGUCUUGGGUCAAGAGACCCAGAAAUGUGCCAAAAGAAGU